AACUGGUGAAAGACGCACUCUCAAUUAUCAACAUCCAGAUUCUUCGUCUCCUUCUUCAUCGAUAUCUCCAACCCUCGACUUUUCAUCUUCUUUUUUGAAACGAUCAUAGAUUAAACCUCCGCAUAACUCCAUCUUUUACAAUCAAUCCUCCAUCAAAUCCCCAUUUAUGGCUUCGUUUCGGUUUACUCCAUCCAUGUGUAUAUAUAUAUAUGUUCUCUUCACCCCUUCCUCUUGAUCGCUUUUUUCAUCCACACAGAAAAUCUCUCACUCGAUGAAUUCCAAGAGCAACUCCGGCGCUCUGAUGUCCAAGCAAGCUGAUGGCGUUAACGGUGCUAUCUCCGCCGCGUCAAAAAAAGAGACUGGCAGUAAGGGUGACUCCUCCGCCAAUGCUAGGUCCGGCUUUCCCGGAAAGGAUGGUGUUUCCUCCGCCGUACCAAACAACCAGAGCGGCGGAGCCGGUAACUCUUCAGCCAAAGCUGUCUCCUGCUAUGGUGGAGACCCUAAACAAUUUAGACCACCCCUGCAAGGCCGUCCUGUCCUCCGACGUGCCCACCAGGCGUAUGGGUCAAUCCGGUGUCCACUCCGCAAAACCCGCUCCAGUGUUGUCCUUUGCGGAUGUGAAAUUCGGUCCUCAGGAAGCUGAGUUAAAGUUUCGGCUUAUUCAUUUAUGGGAAGCUCGGAACCCACACUCGAAGACACUUAUUGGUCUAGAGAUGCUUCUGAUUGAUGAACAGGGUACCGGGUUGCUGAACAAGACGUGACCAUCACGUUCUCAUGGAACUCUGUUCUCUCCCCUGUCAAGGAUUGUUCGGUUCAGAUUCCUGAAGACCGGUUCCGGUUCUAUGGAUAUGCUGAGUUUGAACCGGCCUGUGACCUGCAGAUGGAUCUUCAUGAUUUUGUUGGCCACAUGAAGCUAGUUUGAUGAAAAGAGAAACAACAUCUGAGUAUUAGCAAAGUAGGCCGGGUAUAUUUUACAAAAUAACGGCCCAUUUUAUAAGAAAGAGUCGCCGCUUUACUGGUUCCCUCGUAUCUCUAGAUCUCUUCUUCUUUUCUGGUACGAUGAAUGUGUAUAUAAACUAGCUUCGAAUAGACCGUGAGAGAUAGAUUAGAAACUUCUGAAGAUUUCAGAGAAUUUGAAUUGCAUUGAAGGUCAACAGGAUGGGAUACGCAAGGAAACUGGAAGACGAAGACGACGACUCUUCAUCGUCACGACCACUAAACGAAACGCUGUUAAUAGCGACUAUGUGCAUCAUCGGAUUGCAGGUUCAUGUUCACGUCAAGGACGGCUCGGUGUUUUCUGGUGUCUUCUACACUGCUUCCUUCGAGAACGGCUUUGGCAUUGUUUUGAAGAAUGCGAAAAUGACUAAGAAAGGGAAGAGUAAAGCGAAUGUAGCAAGCGGAAGUGUGGUGGAGACACUUGUUAUCAUGUCUCCCAACAUUGUUCAAGUAGUUGCCGAGGGAGUCUCGCUUCCAACAAAUGUAACUGGGAAUAAUGAGAGUGAGGUUGUUGGAUCAGCCGUGGAGACUUUACCUUCUAAGCCUCGUUUAUCUGCUGCGAACAAAUCUAAGAAACAUGGCACUGAAGGAAGGGGCAAUCAUCAUAGGAGACAGCCAGGAGCAAAUAUUUUGAAGCGUAAUGAACACAUUCCUGACGUUCAUCAGGAAGAUAUCCAAAUCUCAAGUUCUAGCUUGGAUAACAUGGCCGAACGAGUUAAGCCAAUAGAAGAAGCUAAGUUGAUGCCGAAACCUAUCAGUAAUGGUUUUCACGAUGCUGCUGAAAGGCUCUCUUCCACUGACAAUUCAUCCUCACCAAGUACAACUGUUGAUGAAACAUCAGAGUUGCUUCAGGGUUUAGAGGCAUCUCCUAACGAAUCAGUACCUAUCCAGGCCGUAAAGGCCAAGGAGUUCAAGUUAAAUCCAGAGGCAAAGAAUUUUUGUCCAUCUUAUACAAAACGUCUUUCACCGUCUCCUGCUGCUAUACCUGAUAUUGGAAAUACUGCUUAUAUGCCAAGCAACACUCCUGUGCAACCUGUUUACCCAGAAGUUGGAAACAACCCUUAUAUACCCCAUACAAUUCCACCAUCUAAGUUCGUGCCAUAUGCUAAUUUGACUCCUGGAAAUACCGUCGGUGGAUUUAACUAUCCUCAACACAUGAUGGGGCCUACUGUUAAUAGGGCAGAGACGCAGAGAUUCACUUCUCCGUACCAAUCUGUUCAAGCAUCACCAAUGUUUGUAAAUCCAAAUCCUCAGGUAAUGGUUGCGAGAUCAGGGCAGCUUGUGUAUGUCCAACCAGUUUCUCAGAAUCUGGUUCAAGCAACACCGCCUCUUCCACCUAUGCUCUCUUGUCCUCUAGCACCCGCACAACAUGUCCAAUACCUGAAGCAUCAAUCAGGUGUAGUUGCAGCUGGUCAUCCCCCGCAGCUAUGCGUUCCCCAACCGUUCACAACGGGUGGAGUGCAACCUUACGGCGUUCCCGCCCAGUUCCCGGCUAUGCAGCCUCCUCCUCCUUUCCUGACGAAUCAGCCAAUGCACAUUGCAGUUCCUAAUGGCUUCUACGGCCCAAAGUUUCCAUAAAUAGAGUCUUCUUGUUUUUUGGUUAUAUACUUAAAAAUACGUUUAUUCUUUGCCUCUCCAAACCUAAUAAGGGCAUCGUGGCUUAUUGUUCGGUUUGGCUAUUACCGGUUAUUGAUUUAUUGGUUUAUUUGGAUUGGGCAAACAAACUGUUGUAGAAUGUGAAAACAUUAUAUACAUGAUUCUUUGAUUGA